AUGGAGCUGGCGGCGUUCGUGUUGGCGUAUUUCGCGGCAAAGCGGCUGACGCUGCUCACGGCUUUUCUCUGCUGGAGACCAGAUGAGCUAUCGGUACUAUGGCGCGAAGCGCAGCGCCACGGCAUGCGGAUCAACCUUGCAGAUUGGGAGCGACUGCCUACACUGGAGCCUUACGGAAUACACCGCGAGGGAAUGCUGCUGGACCUAACUUGUCCUGGCGCACAACUCGUGUUAGAGGAGGCUUCCGCAACCCGUGCCUUCAACCUUCGUCACUCCUGGCUGCUUCUGCUCAACGCUCCGUUCAACGCAACCCUGAUGGAGGCCACUCUGGGCUCAACAUUAGUGUUGGCAGAUGCCGAUGUGGCCUGGGCGGCCAGCGAUCAACUUCUGGAUGUUUACCGAAUCAAGCACAACCAGCCGCUGGUUAGUCCAAUAGCGACGCCGCUGGGUAACGAAGCAGCUCGGACAUGGGCAGUCCUUCCCGCCGCGCCCACGAGAAGGAGACACCUUAACAACGUCUACAUAAGCGGCUCUGUUAUUAUAUCGCUUCCCCAGUACUUUAAAGGCUGGAAUGACCUGACAACGCGUCACAUCGACAUUGUCCCCAAGCUCACGUAUCCGCUCAUGAUGCUGUUGGCAGAGGACCUGCACUUCAGGUACAACCUGAAGCAAGUGGAGUGGUACGGCGAGAACCGGAACGGCUCGUUCGACGGCUUGGCGGGGCAGAUCCAGAGAAAUGAGAUCGAAGUUGGCAUCACCUCUCUAUUUAUGCGUGACGAUCGCAUCCAAGUCAUGCAUUUCUUCUCAGAGACUUUUGAGCUCAGGGGAGCGUUCAUAUUCCGGCAGCCCUCUAUGUCGUCAGUAUCCAACGUGUUUUUGCUGCCGUUCAGCCGCGGCGUGUGGCUGGCCACGUGGGCAAUGCUGGCGUCAGCCGCGGUGAUUCUGGCGCUGCUAGCGCGGCGGCAGCAGCUGCGAGCUAUGGACUCGUCGCUGCAGCGGCUGUCCUUUGGAGAAUCGGUCAUUUUUAGCAUUGGCACCGUGUGCCAGCAAGGAUUCCACGGGGUACCGGAGCUGGCCUCGGCACGUAUAGUGAUGUUCUGCUCCCUAAUGCUGGCCUUGUUCGCGUUUACUUCAUACUCCGCCAAGAUCGUGGCCAUACUGCAGACACCUAGCAAUGCCAUACGCACCAUUGAAGACCUCACGCGCUCGCCCAUGACCCUCGGAGUGCAAGAGACAACGUACAAGAGGACAUACUUCGCUGAGAGCACUCAACCAGCAACACAGCAGCUGUAUCAGCAAAAACUGCUGCCGCUCGGUGACCGAGCAUACCUUAGUGUCGUAGACGGCGUAGCCCGUUUACGUACCGGUCUCUUCGCCUUCCAGGUAGAAGAGCCAUCCGGCUACAAUAUCAUCAGCAAAACGUUCACGGAGCGCGAGAAGUGUGGCCUCACGCAGAUCCAGGCCUUCAAGUUGCCCAUGGUGGCCGUACCCGUGCGGAAACACUCUGGAUACAAGGAGCUUUUCGCCACCAGGAUGCGAUGGCAGCGGGAAACGGGGCUGCUGGACCGUACACGGAAGCUCUGGCUGGCGAGCAAGCCGCGCUGCGACGCUGCCUCGGGAGGCUUCGUCAGCGUCGGCAUCAUUGACAUCUUGCCUGCUCUUCACGUACUGAUCGCGGGUAUGGCAGCAUCGCUGUUAUUUCUGGUGAUAGAGCGUAGCAUGAUUUGGGUCUUCGCCGGCAUGGAGCUGGCAUCGUUCGCGUUGGCCUACUUCGCUGCCAAGCGGCUUUCGCUGCUCACCGCCUUUCUCUGUUGGAGACCAGAGGAGCUAUCCACACUAUGUCGUGAUGGGCAACGCCAAGGCAUGCGUAUUAGCGUAGCUGACUGGGCGCAACUUCCGGCCCUUGAGCCCUACGGGACUCACCGGGAAGGCAUGCUGCUGGACGUGACCUGUCCUGGCGCCCCGUUCGUUCUAGAAAAGGCGUCUUCAACCCGCGCCUUCAAUCUCCGCCACACCUGGCUAUUGUUGCACGACGCACCGUUCAACGCAUCCCUGAUGGAGGCCACCCUGGGCUCGACACUAGUGCUCCCAGACGCCGACGUCGCCUGGGCGGCCAACGAUCAACUUCUGGAUGUAUAUCGGAUCAAGCACGACCUAGCGCUGGUUACUAUACCGUUGGGGGACGACGCGGCACGUGUAGCACUCCCCGCCGCACCAACUAGGAGGCGAGACCUUAACAACGUGUACUUGAGGAGUUCUACUAUAAUAACGCAGCCCCAAUUCUUCAAGGGCUGGGAUGACCUGACGGUGCGGCAAAUUGAUACCUUCCCUAAACUUACGUGGCCGCUCAUGCACCUGCUGGCAGACGACCUACACUUCAGGUACAACUUGAUACAAGUGGAUUUAUAUGGCGAGAACCGGAAUGGCUCCUUCGACGGCCUGGCGGGGCAGCUGCAGCGUCAGGAGAUCGAAGUCGGCAUCACUUCCAUGUUCCUCCGUGCCGACCGCAUGCAAGUUCUGCACUUCUGCUCCGAGACCGUUGAACUCAGGGGAGCUUUCAUAUUCCGGCAGCCGUCGAAAUCGUCAGUCGCCAAUGUGUUCCUCCUGCCAUUCAGCCGCGGAGUGUGGAUAGCGACGGUACUCACGCUGGUGCUAGCUGCAGCAACGCUGGCGCUGCUGGCGCGGCGGCAGCAGCUGCGAGCAGUCGAUGCAUCGUUGGCACAGCUCUCGGUAGGGGAGGCUGUCAUCUUUACCGUCGGCACCGCGUGCCAACAAGGGUUCCAUAUCGUGCCUGAACUGGCUUCAGCGCGCGUUGUGAUGUUCUGCGCCCUGAUGACGGCCCUAUUCGCGUUCACCGCGUACUCUGCCAAGAUCGUAGCUAUCCUGCAGACGCCCAGUGAUGCCAUCCGCACCAUCGAUGAUCUCACGAACUCCCCUAUGACCAUGGGAGUCCAGGAGACCACGUACAAGAGAGUUUAUUUUGCUGAAAGCACUCAGCCGGCGACACAGAGGCUGUACCGGCACAAGUUGUUGCCGCUCGGCGACCGAGCGUACCUCAGCGUUGUGGACGGCAUAGCGGCCAUGCGUACAGGCCUUUUCGCUUUCCAGGUGGAAGAGCCAUCCGGCUACGCUAUCAUCAGCAAAACUUUCACAGAACGCGAAAAGUGCGGGCUCAAGCAGAUUCAGGCCUUCAAGUUACCCAUGGUGGCCGUGCCCAUACGGAAACAUUCCGGCUAUAAGGAACUCUUCGCCACCAGGUUGCGAUGGCAGCGCGAGACGGGUCUGAUGGACCGCACGCGACGCAUUUUGCUGGCGAGCAAGCCGCGCUGCGACGCCAACUCGGGCGGCUUCGUGAGCGUCGGCAUCAUUGACAUCUUGCCUGCUCUGCAUGUGCUGGCUGCUGGGAUGGCAGCUUCUGUACUGUUCCUGGUCUUCGAGCGCAGCAUGGCCCGUUUUAAGUGCUGUGGACGUCCGCGGCACCUAACGCCCUACGUGGAGUAG